CGUAGUCCAUACUUUCCUUCUCCCGCUCUCUCCUGCUCUGCGACAUAGACAGGAAUUCUAACCCUAAAACGCAUCCUUUCCGGGUCUUGGCUUUCCCGUCACGAACAGUUGCAGUCCGCUUAUAGAUUGAAGCUGAACUGAAUUGUUGCUGAGACUAGAGAGGUGAAGUGAACAAUGGCAGAAGAGGCGGAUUUAGAAAAUAUGUUGCUGGAGGCAGCAGGAAGAGGUACAGCUGGCAGAAACCGACGCUCAAUUCCUCCUAAGAGGAGACGGGAGGGUUCGUAUUCUGACUCUGGGGAUGAUGCCUCUGAUGGUGAUCGAGGUUAUUCUGGCCGGAAGCCCUCAAGGUCUCAAGUUCCUUUGAAAAAGAGGCUGGAUGCUGAUAGAGAUGAUGAACAUGGGAUUCAAGGGGAGGGUGAUUAUGAGGAUGAUGGUUCUGAUCGUGAGGGGGACAGCAGCGGUGAAUCUGUUGUAGGAGAGGAUCUUUACAAGGAUGAGGCUGACAAAGAAGAGCUUUCGCAUUUGACUGAACUUGAAAGGGAGAUGAUUCUGUCAGAACGAGCUGAUAAGAAAGGUGAUAAGAAGUUAGCAGAGAAAUUUAGAUCAAAGCGGGAAAAUGAAAGAACCACCAGAUCGAGAAAGGAGACCCCUCCUCUUCCAUCAUCUCGUGGAGUGCGGUCUUCAGCUAGAUCUGCAGAUAGAUCAGCUGCCAAGGAUGACGCAUUGAAUGAGCUGAGAGCAAAACGUUUGAAGCAGCAGGACCCGGAGGCACAUCGUAAGUUGCGGGAUGCAUCUAGAGCAAGAACGGGAGGGCAGGGCUUCUCACCAAUUAAGAGAAAAACUACUAUUUCGGCGGCAUUAAGUAGCUCCAGUCAGAGUGACAGUGAAAAUGGAUCUCACAGUGAUGAUGAAACGUCAACCGGAGAUGGUGGAAUGGCUGACAGCGACGAUGACAGGGGUAUGCUUGGAUCAGAUGGGCCAACAUUUGAAGAUAUAAAGGGGAUUACAAUCCGGAGGACUAAACUUGCAAAAUGGUUCAUGGAGCCAUGGUUCGAGGAGGUUAUUGUUGGUUGCUUUGUUAGGGUUGGGAUUGGGAGGUCAAGGAAUGGGCCUGUCUACAGGCUUUGCAUGGUCCGGAAUGUCGAUGCCACAGAACCUGACAAAGCUUACAAACUAGAGAGCAAGACAACCCAUAAGUAUCUCAAUUGCAUCUGGGGCAGUGAAAAUUCAGCUGCAAGGUGGCAGAUGGCUAUGGUAUCAGACUCCGCACCAAAUGAAGAGGAGUUUAGACAAUGGGUGAGGGAAGUAGAGCGAACUAGCGGCCGUUUGCCAAGUAAACAGGAUUUGGAUGAUAAGAAGGAUGCAUUAAAAAAAAUAAACUCAUUUGUCUACUCUCCUGAAACUGUGAAGCAGAUGUUGCAAGAGAAGAAGUCUGCCUCAUCAAGGCCAUUGAAUGUUGCAGCUGAGAAGGAGAGGCUAAGGAGGGAGUUGGAAAUUGCAGAAAGUAAGCAUGACGAGGCAGAGGCGGGGAGGAUCAAAUCUAGACUGCAGGAACUGGAGGCAGCCAGGCAAGCACCGGAGAAAGAUUCCAAGGCUCUUAAACUGGCUGAGAUGAACAGAAAGAAUAGGGUUGAGAAUUUUAGAAAUGCAUCAGGGUUAAAACCAGUAAAUACUGGCUUGAAAGCAGGGGAGGCUGGAUAUGAUCCUUUUUCAAGGAGAUGGACUAAGUCAAGGAACUACUAUCUUUCAAAGCCUAAUGGUGGAGAUGCAGCUGUAGCACCUAGUGAUGUUGUCAAUGGCACAGUUGCAGCUGCAGUCACUAAUGGAUCAGGAGGGGUAAUAUCCGAGGCCUUAGCAGCUACAACAGCAGCAUUGGAAGCUGCUGCCGGUGCAGGGAAAUUGGUUGAUACAGGUGCUCCUGUGGAUCAAGGGACUGAAUCAAAUGUCUUGCACAAUUUUGAGAUUCCUCUCUCUUUGGUUGCACUUCAGAAGUUAGGUGGGCCGCAGGGAUCUCAGCCAGGAUUCAUGGCAAGGAAGCAGAGUAUAGAAGCCAUUGUUGGUUACCUUGUCCCGGAGAAUGAUGGUCGGAGACAUGCUCUGACCUUGACAGUUGGUGAUUACAAGAGAAGAAGAGGACUUCUCUGAAAGACGAUGCCGCACCUUGGAGUUUUUUCCAAGACGAUCUAUCCGGGAUGAGGGGGCUCGAAAAUUUAAUGCUGCGAAAUCUGUUCUCUCUGGCAACUCCACUUACACAGUUGGGGUACUUUAUAUUGUGCAAUUUUUGAGCUCUGUAUAUAUGAAAGUGUAUCAACAUUUGAUACUUUGCGGAGGUAAGUUGUGCUUUCUUUUCUACUGGGACUCACGUUCUUUAGAUAUUUCCUAAGAAGUUGAUUUUAUAGAACAAUUGUUUGAAAUAAUUUGUUUUAUGUUAUUUGUUGCAAUGUAUUACAUUCCCAUGUGAUUGGUGGUAUAAUCAGAAAUACUUUAUGUGCUUUUGUAUCCUUGACUAUAUGCUUAUUCAAGAAGAGAUUCCCAGUUUAUUAUAUA